AUGUUCAGAGGCUAUUCACAAAAUGAAUCUCACAGGGAAGUUAUAGUCUUGUUUAGACAAAUGAAGGGCUUGGAUGUAAUGCCUAAUUGCUUCACUUUCCCAGCUGUUCUUAAAUCUUGUGUCAAGAUUAAUGCAUUGAAAGAAGGUGAAGAAUUGCAUUGUUUUGUGAUUAAGAGUGGGUUUAGAGCGAAUCCUUUUGUGGCUACCACGUUGAUUGAUAUGUAUGCUAGAGGAGGAGCAAUCAAUGCAGCUUAUAGGGUGUUUGGUGAGAUGAUAGAGAGGAACGUGAUUGCUUGGACUACAAUGAUUAAUGGCUACAUUACUUGUCGUGAUUUAGUAACUGCGCGUCGCCUUUUUGAUUUGGCACCUGAGCGGGAUAUUGUUUUGUGGAAUACUAUGAUUUCGGGUUAUAUUGAAACAGGGGAUGUAGUAAGAGCGCAAGAGCUUUUUAAUAAGAUGCCAAACAAGGAUGUAAUGUCUUGGAACACAGUUUUGAAUGGUUAUGCUAGUAAUGGAGAUGUUACUGCUUGUGAGAGAUUGUUUGAAGAGAUGCCGGAAAGGAAUGUUUUUUCGUGGAAUGCGUUGAUUGGAGGGUAUACGCAUAACGGCUGUUUUUCUGAGGUAGUGAGUGCUUUUAAGCGGAUGUUGAUUGAUGGAAAUGUGGUUCCUAACGAUGCCACAUUUGUGAAUGUGCUGUCUGCUUGUGCGAGAUUAGGUGCUCUUGAUUUGGGCAAGUGGGUACAUGUAUAUGCAGAGAGUCGUGGAUAUAAGGGAAAUGUAUAUGUUGGGAAUGCUUUGAUGGAUAUGUAUGCUAAAUGUGGGGUUGUGGAAACUGCUUUUGAUGUGUUCAAAAGCAUGUACAGGAAAGAUCUGAUUAGCUGGAAUACCAUAAUUGGUGGAUUGGCGAUGCAUGGGCGUGGAGCUGAUGCCUUCAAUUUGUUUUCUCAAAUGAAAAGUGCUGGAGAAAAUCUAGAUGGAAUCACAUUCAUAGGCGUUUUGUGUGCUUGCACACACAUGGGUUUGGUUGAAGAUGGCUUAUCGUAUUUCAAAUCAAUGACUGAUGAUUAUUCAAUAGUGCCUCAGAUCGAACACUAUGGCUGUAUUGUUGAUUUGCUAGGGCGAGCUGGUCUCUUAGCUGAAGCUGUGGAUUUUGUUAGAAAGAUGCCCAUUGAAGCAGAUGCUGUUAUUUGGGCUGCCUUGCUUGGGGCAUGUAGGGUAUAUAAAAAUGUUGAAUUGGCUGAACUGGCUCUUGGAAAACUCAUUGAAUUUGAACCAAAAAACCCUGCAAAUUUUGUGAUGCUUUCAAACAUAUAUGGGGACCUUGGAAGAUGGAAAGACUUGGCACGAUUAAAAGUUGCAACGAGGGAUACUGGGUUCAGAAAAUUACCAGGAUGUAGUUUGAUUGAGGUCAAUGACGGUGUGGUUGAGUUUUAUUCACUGGAUGAAAGACAUCCUGAGAAGGAGCAAAUAUAUGGCACCUUGAGAGCACUGACAAAAUUGUUGAGGUCAUCAGGAUAUGUACAGGAUUUUAUGGAGUUGGACGAGAGAAACUGA